GCAAAAAGUCUUCAAUCACAGUACAAUAAGAGCUUCGAACUUCGCAGCAAUGGCGGUCUCCACUUUCCCUACAUGGAGGUCUCGAGAAGGCGAACAGAGACAUCUAAAUAAUUGGCGUAGCUGGUAUGAAGUGAGAGCAAGUGGUGCAGGAGGCGAAAGUUAUCUGGUCUUAAAAAAAGAUUUCGCGGACGAGGAGGAUUAUACAGAGGCCGGUGACUCUGAGCUUUUCUUUGUGCAAGUGCAGCGAAAAAAAUCCAUCGAUAAGAAAUCCAAAUUAGCCGAUAAGGUUUCCGGAAUUGAACAGCGUUUACCUCUUAUUUCCAAUAUAAGCUGGAGCCUGCUGGUGUCUGGUGGUACUCUAUAAAUAAGUGCUUCUCUUAUCCUUUCUGCCAUCACAGAUUCGAACAACUACUCAAUCUUUUCAUCUGAUUACCCGUUGUUGUCACCGAGAUCCGAGUAGAGUUCUUGUUUCGUUAGCGACUUAUUAAUCUUAAAGAGAGACAUAUUGGGAGCGAUGUUGAAGCAAACAACCGAGGCUUUCGCUGGCAAAUAUGGGAGUGUCGAGGGGGGGAAUAAGCAGAGAGUCGCCAGUGGCGGCGGGAAGAAGAUUGAAGGCACCGUAGUUUUGAUGAAGAAGAAUGUAGUUGAGGUCGCCGACUUGGGUGCAUUGGUGAUUGACGAUCUUCACGAGCUGUUUGGCAACCGAGUCUCUCUGCAGCUCGUCAGUGCUCGAAACAGUGACUCUGCAGCUGGAGAUCAGUUGCAAGGAAAAUUAGGAAAGAAAGCAUUUUUGGAAAAUUGGAUUGCUAACACCACUCUUCUAAUCACGGAUGAAUCUGCAUAUAAGGUCACCUUUGAUUGGGAUGAGGAUAUCGGAAUUCCCGGAGCAUUCUUAAUAUGCAAUGCUCACAGCAAUGAGUUCUAUCUUAAGACUCUUACACUUGAAGAUGUUCCUGGUGAAGGCCGGAUGCAUUUUGUUUGCAACUCGUGGAUUUAUCCUACUAACGAUCAUGAGAAAUAUCGUAUUUUUUUUAUCAAUAAGACAUAUCUCCCAAGCCAGACCCCAGUGCCAUUGCGCAAGUACAGAGAAGAAGAAUUGAUGAACUUGAGAGGAGAUGGGAAAAAGGAACUAAAAGAAAGAGAUAGAGUGUAUGACUAUGCCUACUAUAACGAUUUGGGAGAACCUGGAAAGAAUCCCCGACCCGUUCUUGGAGGAUCAACUGAGUAUCUUUACCCUCGAAGAGGAAGAACAGGUCGAGCACCAUCAGAGAAAGAUCCUAAAAGCGAAAGCAGGAUACCACUUAUAAAGAGUUUAGACAUCUAUAUUCCAAGAGACGAGAGAUUUAAUCAUUUGAAGAUGUCCGAUUUCUUUGCCUAUGCAUUUAAACUUAUAGUUCACUUUAUUAAACCGGAGAUUAGAGCCUUAUUUGGCAAGAACAUUAAUGAGUUUGUCUCUUUGGAAGAUAUGAUGAAACUUUACGGAGAAGGAAAGGAUAUGUCAGCAUGGAGAACGGAUGAAGAAUUUGCAAGGGAAAUGUUAGCUGGAGUAAACCCUGUGGUUAUUUGCCUCCUUGAGGAAUUUCCUCCAACAAGCAAGCUAGACCCUGAACUAUAUGGUGACCAGAGUAGCUCAAUUAACAAAAGCCACAUUGAAAAGAACCUAGACGGGCUCAGCACAGGAGUGGCAUUGGAGGAGAAUAGGCUAUUCAUAUUAGAUCAUCACGAUCCGUUGAUGCCAUACUUGAGGAGAAUAAAUACUACUUCGACAAAGACAUAUGCAUCUAGAACACUCCUCUUCUUGAAGGAUGAUGGGACUUUAAAGCCGCUGGCUAUUGAGUUAAGCUUGCCUCAUCCUGAGAAAGAUCAACUUGGUGCUAUUAGUAAAGUGUACACGCCAGCUAAAGACGGUGUUGAAGGCUCAAUGUGGCAACUGGCAAAAGCUUAUGUUUCUGUUAAUGACGCUGGCUAUCAUCAACUCAUUAGUCACUGGUUGCACACUCAUGCAGUGAUAGAGCCAUUUAUUAUUGCAACAAAUAGACAAUUGAGUGUACUUCACCCAAUCCACAAGCUUCUUCAUCCUCACUUUCGCGACACAAUGAAUAUCAAUGCACUUUCUCGGCAAGCGCUCCUUAAUGCUGGUGGACUUUUUGAGGCUACUAUUUUUCCUGCCAAAUAUUCCAUGGAGUUAUCGUCUUUUCUUUAUAAGAAAUGGGUUUUUACUGAACAAGCACUCCCUGAAGAUCUCAAGAAGAGAGGAAUGGCAGUCGAUGAUCCAAAUUCACCACAUGGUGUAAGUUUACUGAUAAAAGAUUACCCGUAUGCUGUUGAUGGACUUGAAAUAUGGUCAGCUAUUAAAAUGUGGGUAAGAGAUUAUUGCAACUUCUAUUACAAAACUGAUGAAAUAGUUCAAGAGGACAUUGAACUCCAGACUUGGUGGAAAGAGCUUCGAGAGGAAGGUCACGGUGAUAAGAAAGACGAGCUGUGGUGGCCUAAAUUGCGUACUUGUGAAGAGCUGGUGAACAUUUGCACCAUUAUUAUAUGGAUAGCAUCUGCACUUCAUGCAGCUAUAAACUUCGGACAGUACUCUUAUGCAGGGUACCUCCCUAACCGCCCUACUAUAAGCCGUAGAUUCAUGCCAGAGGUAGGGACCCCUGAAUAUGAUGAACUCGUGUCCAACCCAGAACAUGUUUUCUUGAGAACCAUCACCUCACACCUGCAAACUGUUCUUGGCAUGUCACUCCUUGAACUUUUGUCAAAACAUUCCUCGGACGAAAUCUAUUUGGGACAAAGAGAUGCACCAGAAUGGACAUCUGAUGCAGAACCUUUGGGGGCAUUUAAGAAGUUUGGAAAGAAACUAGUCGAGAUUGAAGAAAAAAUUCUAGAGAGGAACAAUGACAAGAUGUUGAAGAACCGUAUUGGUCCGGUCAAGAUGCCAUACACCUUGCUUUACCCAACUAGCGAAAUCGGAAUUACUGGCAAGGGAAUUCCUAAUAGUAUUUCAAUAUAAAAAUUCUUUGUGAGUCAUGUAGAUUAUUAUCGUUCUUUUAGUUUUUUGUAUUUUUUAAUAUAUUUUUUCCUUCUAGGUCUUUUUCAAUUAUAGGUUUGGUGCUUGUAAUGUUACAAAUACGUGUAUAUACUUAACAAACAUUAAUAAAAGAAAUCUACAAGUAA